CGAUAGUAGGUUCGCGUGACAAUGUUAAUACCCUUGACCGAUUAUUGGAUUACGUAAGAUACCCGUUAUAGAAAUAGAUUUAACAUUGUACGAAUGAGUGGGAAUUGAAAACAAUAUUAUAUCUUUAAAAUUCCACAACAACAAAACAUUAUCUAAGAAUGCUGCACCAAAAGACAACAGAACGUAUAGUUUUGCAGCUUUCAAUCAUGAUCUCUCAUGCAAUUAUGGGUUAGAGACUUUCUAAAAAAAGAUAAUCAUAUGGAGGAAUCAUAUUGCCGUUUCAUAUUGAAUGUAGUUUACGAGUUGAAUAGAGGCUCGAUCGUUCUUUAUUGAACGUGUUUGAUAAUAAAAAUAUGGACAGACACAAAUGCAAGAUUCUUUUCAACAAAUGUAUCCUAGCAAUUGGACCUGAAAAACAAGGAUGCCAGAUAUGUUUGGGCAGAUUCCUGCCUGAAAUGACGUCAGAGAUAGCGUUCGCGAUAGUCUUUGGGUCUGUUGUUAUCAUGAUAUUCUUGUAUAUCGGCUACUCCACUUAUUAUGGAACUCCUAGAGAAGAAAAACAAAAACACUCUCGGUUCAAUGACUUCUUAAUGAGGAUUUACAAUGAGGAAAUUCGAAUGCAGCCGAACUGGAAGGACAGUGAAUAUCAAGACAUAGAAAGUUCUGUAAGGGAAACUAUUGAAGAUAUUAUCUACGUAGCGUUGUUUUGCGAUAAGGAACUUCAUGUAGAUAGGAAUAAGGUACAUUGUUAUGUCGAGCUUGUAGGCAGUUGCCAGGAGCAAACAAAAAUUAAACGCCCGGAUGAAUUUGAUUUUUCAAUAAAACUUCCAUAUUUUUCUAAAGAAAAUAUCCAAGUCGAAGAAGGAAUGUUAAAGCCUCGGAAAUUCAGAUGUAAACAUAAGGUCUCUUUUAAAAACGACAAUGCGUUUGUCCAGCUUGUAUACAAGGUAAAAAAGGGCAAUCCUUCAGAAAACAGCGUAAUACAGGGUUUCCUGAAAGUUGAUGGGGACAAGAGUUAUCUGUCUGCUUACUCCAUUCAUACAUUUUUUAAAAAUCGUGUCGUAGAUGCAUUGAACAAACUGCAUCCAAUUGUAAAAUCUAAAGAUACAGGAACUUUGACAAGUCCCCAUAAAGAAGUAGAGGGCGUUUUAUUUCCAGACGAAAUCAGAUGCUUAGUUGAAAACGGGCCUGCUUUGAAAGUUCCUCUUGUGUGGAAAGGAAAUUCUGGUAACUUUUUUUGUAUCGAUGUUGACAUCGUUCCCGUCAUUGUGAUUGGAGAAUCAUCGUUAGAUAUUAAUUUUGAUACAGUUGAAGACAUGAGGAAUGUGUCGAUGAAUGCCAACAGGUUUGUACCUUAUCCAGCACUGUGUGCCAUACUAGGGAUUACAAGGUUUGAACACAAGACAGAUUCUGAAGGAAAGCGUAGCAUAAAGGAAUACAAAACAUUCGAGUAUAUUAUUGAGAACGCGACAAGUUAUGACAAACCUUUUAUUGAAUGCAGCUUUCUCAAGUCAUUUGCGGAUACUGAAAAUAGACUUAUGCAUCGCGUCAAGGAAACACACAAUUCCUUGUUUAUUUGCUAUCAAAUUUUGAAGGAUAUGGUGCAUUUCUGGCCAAUUUACUCACAAAAUGGCAAAGUACACGGGGUCACAUUUACAUGCUAUGUCAUAAAAACGACCCUUCUUGAAAAAUAUGUUGAUAAAAAGUUUGACCAAAACGAUGAUGUUGCAAAAUGUUUCCGUAAAAUGAUGAAUAUCCUGAACAAGAUUUCAGAAUCUAGCCUAAGUAAGAAACAUCAAGUUAUACAAUCUCCAUGGUUUAAAAAACAUAUAAUUAGGUGUACAAAAUACGCUGGAUCCGAAACUUGCAGACAAAACUCUUUGGACAUAUCAAGAAAUAACGUCGGAAGUCUGUACAAACUCAUAAAUACUUUAUCGGAAGAUGUAAAUUUGAGUCAACAUUAUCAAGAUUACAAAAAGCGGUUUCUUUCUAUAACUAAAAGUGAACAAAGAGGUACAAUACAUAUGGUUUAGACAGAUAGUAGGGUCGAUGUCAGAGAAUUAGUUAAGAGAGGUCUCACGUUAGAUCGUUUAGAACAGAACCAUAACAAUCACAUUUACAUAGCACUCUCUUCAUGUAUUUGUACAUAAUCAAACGUGUUCCAAAAGAACAAAUGAUGAAAUAAAACUUCUAUAUGAACUGACUAAGCAUGGAUAUCAGAAAUGAAGAAAAAUGACAAACAAAACAUAAAACAUUGAAAAUUAUUUUAAAAGACAAGAUUAUUCGGUUAGUUUGUCAUUGUCAAGUGUUUUGAAACAGAUUGGGUUUCACACAUACUUUAAAAUUGCAUUUAGUCAGAGUAUCUGUAAUUGUGACGUUGUACGCAAAGCUCCGUAUUAUAUAUAUACACACGUAAUAAUUAGUCUGGCGAAUUAUUUUUUGACUUCAGCAUGUAAACCGCUACCAUGCCUGUCCUUAUCAUAGACUGAGGAAUGAUAAUGUAUAGCUUGUGUACACUUGUGGAUUAGACUUUUGUAUUGUUCUCUGUAUCUGAAGAUCAGGUAAUGUAACAAAGCAUUACAAUAGCUUAACCGUGAGGUGAUUAUAUAAGUCCCAAAUGAUUUGGUAGCAUAACUGCUUAUGCGCCGUCAUGUUGACCUAUUCUACAUUAUGAUGGCUACGAGUAUAUAGACUCACACAUAAAGCUGAUUUGUUCUUCCAUACUCAGAUUGGAAACUAGCCUUCAAAAAGUGUGUUUAUUUUCUCACGCAGUCACCUUUGUCUACGUUACCAAAAUACUGAUUGCUUAUCAAGACAUUUUAUAUUUCUGAUUAAUUCAGCACUUCCUGGUUGUAUAUUGCAGGGGAUAACUGUUUUGUUUAAUUGCUUUUGAAUUAAAAAAACAUUUGGUCAAGCUAA